AUGGAAAUGGAUAUGUUGCCGCCUCGUAUUCAGAGACUACGGCUCAAGACAAUGCAGUACCAGUUUCGCAUGCUGCACGUGCCAGGAAAACUGCUAGCAACAGCAGAUACCUUAUCACGUAUCACCCACAAGGCAUCCACUCCUGCGGACACGGUGGAACUCUUCGCAGCACAAGUAGUCGGCUGCAUGUCGAAAGUCUUGCCACUCAGCCCUGAAGAUGUACGACAGGCACAAGAAUCCGAUGGAGAGUGCAAGGUCCUCAUCUCCUUCUGCCAGCAGGGUUGGCCACGAAAGACCAAGCUACCUCUGCAUGUGUCGAAGUACGCCUCCGUGGCGGACGAGCUCUCUGUCUGCGACGGUAUCCUGCUGAAAGGCCCCCGGAUUGUCAUCCCAUCAUCUCUUCGGCCGGUGGUCUUGACGCUGUUGCACGAAGGCCAUCAGGGCGUCAACAGGACCAAGGCCCUAGCUCGGGAGCCGGUUUGGUGGCCGGGUAUCUCAGCAGACAUCGCCUCUCUCGUCACCAACUGUGAACAGUGCGCUUCCACCCGGGUGAACCUUGCAGAACCCCUAGUCUCCACAGCUCUACCUGGACGUCCCUGGGAAUUUCUCGGAAUGGACUUGUUCCAUCUCAAUGGCCAGACGUUCCUCCUGGUGGUGGACUACUACUCGAGGUUUCCCGAGGUGGUGACCCUGAGAAGCACUACAGCUCGGGCAGUCAUCGAUGCUCUCAAAAGCAUCUUCGCACACCACGGAAUCCCACAAGACAUCAGGUCGGACAACGGCCCACCAUUCUCGUCGCAAGAGUAUGUGGCAUUUGCAACGUCUUAUGGCUUCAACCAUGCGACCAGUAGCCCACACUACGCCCGGUCAAACGGAGAGGCAGAGAGGAUGGCCAUUCGCGGUGGCCCUGCUGUCCAGUGCGACUCUAGGCCCUGCUGUCCAGUGCGACUCUACGUCUACUGA